ACAAAGAGUCGCAAGGAAAUUGGGGCGCGAAUAUUAAUUUGUAAAUUGCGACGCUUUAGAGAGCCGCAAAAUAUUUCGACGUUCUAAAGCGUCGCUAUUUAAAAAAAAAAAGACACGUGUGUUGCACGUGUUUGUGAGGCAGCAAUGCAACUGAAUUUUUGGGCAAAAAAUCCCGCCUAACUCUCUGUUUUUUUCGCAGAAUCCCGCCUAACUCUCAACCCACCUCCCACGUUUCUCUCAACCUCCUCCCACCGACAUACCUUGCUGAAACUAACCACCCUCGUCAGAUUUCCGAUGAAUUCGUAUCUCUCCUCCUCACCUUCAGCACCGGCCAUUAACGAAUUCCAUGAAUUCCGUCUUCAACCUUUACGUUAGCAAAGUCAAAUCUCCCAGUAUAAGCUAUCUCACUCAUCAUCCUAUAAAUUCAUGAAAAAGCCCAAUUAUUGAAUUCACAAUUCGCUCAACAAAUUCAAGAUAAAUUCGUUGCUCUCUCUGGUUUUUAAUUGGAGAAAUUCAAGCAUACUCUGGUUUCUUAAUUGCUGCUUCAUCCUCGGUGUUGCCGGAUAUAUUCGCCAGAUAGUUGGUAAUUUGGACGAUAGUUGGAAAGUGGUGAACGUCUGACUUCUUCUUCCGUGUUGUUACUACUGUAGGUUUCGCCGACCACACCGGUUCAAGGUUUCCUGUGAUUCUUUAGCGUUGUUCGUAGGUUCGUGCAUCAGUUCGUGCGUUGCUACACCGGUUCAAGGUUUCCUGCAAGUCUUUAGCGUUGUUCGUAGGUUCUGCAUCGGUUCGUACGUUGCAUAUGCUCUUUGAUACUAGAGGCUCAGGAUAUUACUGAUUUAGGCUCUCUGAAUCAAGCAGCAAAGAUCUUUAUUCUAGGAACUAAAAUAUGAGUUACAGGACUAAAAGAACAUUGGUAGCUAUUGACGAAGGGUCGAGCAUUGCUGCAUCCAAGUCCCCAAAAUCUUCUGAUCCAUCCACCCAAAACUGGGGACCGUUCAGUCCUCCAACACUUGGAGUGUCACAGACAUUUGGGACGGUAUCACAACCCAUUAAGCAACCAGUAGCUGCUAAAAAAACCAUGGUUGCACCACAAUCAUCCUUGCCUCGGCCUACUUCCAUGGUUUCAAAGCCACAACUGAAGGCAUUAUCAAAACCAUCCUUUACCCAGACAAAACCAUCCUCUAACCCAUUACAACAACCAAUUCCGCCCACUCUUACAGGAACAACACAAAGUAGAUGGUAUAAAGGACCUACGUUUCCCAAUCUGACUGAAAUUGCAACACAAAAAGCGUCAACACCGAAUCCACACCAGCCUACUAUGCAGCCUGUGUUGCAGCCUUUCAAAGCUACCUUGCAGCCUUCUUUGCAGCCUUUCAAAGCUUCCCAACAGCCUCAAACAGCUACCAAUCAGCCUCAAAAAACUACCCAUCAGCUUCACAAAGCUACACAACAGCCUCAAAAAGCUACACAACAGCCGGUAUCUUCUUUUACAAGUGUCAAACCACAUUUAGAGAAAAGAGCAUUUGUUGCACCUUUGGGAGCAACAAAACAUGUGAUGUCACAAUCUCCUACACCACCAGACACCAUGGCAAUGAAAAAGAGAACCGGGAAGCAAGAAGGUCAGUUGCCUCCAACAUACAUGCAUGUGAGUGAGAAUGCAUUUCAACCUCUGCGAUCUCCUCCAUCCAAUCAGGUUGAGAGUGAAGUUAUGCCAAACUACAACUGGGACGAAUUUGAAGAAUCGGCUUCUGAGAGUGAAAAUGAAUUUGAUCAAGGAGAAGGAAGUGAUACUGCUGUGAAGAAAGCAACACUUCGACAUCGAAUCAUUAUUCCAAAUUGGCCAGAAUCGAGGGAGUUUGAUGAGAAGGUGGAGGCUAUAGCUAUAGAUGCUGAUGGAAUACGACAUCUGGUAAAGGGACCAGUUCUGCCUCGAGACGUUUGGCAUGAUGCAAAGGGGUUCAGAUACAUUGUCAAGCUCAAUGAAUUCAACCAACCUAUUCGAAAAGGUGGGAAGAUCCUUGUGAGCUUCCUUGGAGAUAUUGCAAAAAAUGAUUCACUUUGUCCAGUGGGAGUCCCAAGUUGGCGUGCUGUGAACAAUCAGUUAAAAACUAAUGUUGUUACAAUGAUUCGGGUAUGUGGAUUUAUUGUUCUUAACACUUAUGUUAAUUGUAGUUUUAUUUUAGCUUGGUUAACUGUGUAAUUAGCUUUAAAUUUAUUCUGUUUCCAUCUGUGUUCAUCAAUCAGUUGCCCGUUUUUCAGGUUUUUAUUUGGUCAUGGGGGUUCCGACCCCGGGUUAAGUUUCUGCAGAAUCACUAAGUUCAC